AGUUCAUCCUCUGCUGAGAUAUAUAAAGAACAGGUGCGGCUCAGGUGUGUUCUUUAUUUCUUCACCUCUGGAUCCAUUUCCAGGAAACGUAGACUGUAGCUCAUAAAGCUGAGAACUUAAACUCUGGGUCUUUCAGAACAGCGACACGGAAGGGCGCAAAGUGAAGAAAAGGAGAAAACUCUUUACAGCAGUUAAUCUGACGCACAGAAGCAGCUAUGGCUGAAAAUAUGGACGCAAAAAUAGUGAUAAUAGGCUGUGGGAUAGCGGGGAUAGCAGCGGCUCAGAGGCUCAUUGAAUCUGGGUUCACUAAUGUCCGGAUUCUAGAAGCGACUGGAAGAAGCGGAGGACGAAUUAAAUCAAGCAGACUUGGUAAUGCUGUUAUAGAAAUUGGUGCAGCUUUUAUCCACGGUCCAUCUGAAGAGAACCCGGUGUUUUGUCUGGCCCGUGACUAUGACCUCCUGGACCCUAAAGCCCUCACUCCAGAGAAUCAAGCUGUGGAUGUUGAGGAAUAUCCUCCUCUGGUUCCUAACUGGUUCACCAGUUCAGGUCAGAAGGUGAGUCCUGAAACCAUGGAGCCUGCGCUGGAGCUGUUUCAUGAGCUUGUGGGUAAUACUCCACAAUCCAAGACUCACAAAAAAAGAUCCUGGCCAACUGUUGGAGAUUUCAUAAAAUCUGAGGUACGGAGGCGAACAGCAAAGAGGUGGAAAAAUAAAGAUAAGGUCUCCCGACGGCUACUGCUGGGCGCCAUCAGUACCAUGAUGAAGGAGGAAUGCUGUUCAAGUGCUACUCACUCAAUGGAGGAGUUAGAUUUAGUUGGAUUUUCUAUGUACCAGAGUAUAAAAGGAGUGGACUGCACAUUCCCAAGUGGGACUGAGAGCCUAAUCAGUAGCUUGAUGUCAGAGCUCCCCGCUGACUUGGUAUCCUACAGUCGGCCUGUGCGCUGCAUUCACUGGAGCAACAGUGAGAGUGGAGUGAAUGCUGUGACCGUGGAGUGCGAGGAUGGGCAGAGGAUCUCUGCUGAUCAUGUCAUUGUCACUGUGUCUCUAGGAUACCUGAAGAAGCACCACUCCACACUGUUCUCACCUGCUCUUCCCGAUCAAAAGCUGCAGUCCAUUCAGAAAAUAGGAUUUGGAACAUGUGACAAAAUCCAUGUUGAGUUUGAAUCCCCCUGGUGGGAUGCUGACUGUGAGAUCAUCUAUUUAGUUUGGGAUGAUGAGGAAGAUAUUUCUGACCAUGUGUCAGAUAUAAGCAAAACCUGGAUCAGGAAGAUCUCAUCGUUCACUGUGGUGACACCCUCUGAAAGGGGCAACCAUGUUCUCUGCGGUUGGAUUUCUGGACAUGAGGCGGAGCACAUGGAAACACUUCCUGAGGAGGAAGUCAGGCGCUGUAUCACAGAGCUCAUACAUACAUUCACAGGAGACCAUACCAUCACACCAAAGACAAUCGUGUGUACCCGGUGGUUUCAUGAUCCCUGGACGUUAGGAUCCUAUUGCCACCCAGUAAUCAGUUGUUCAGCACAAGAUUUUAAAAACAUGAUGGAGCCAUUGCCUAAGAGAGGAAAGAAACAGCCCCUGCAGGUGUUGUUUGCCGGAGAAGCGACUCAUCCCUUCUACUACUCCAGCCUCCAUGGAGCACUCCUCUCUGGACAGAGGGAAGCUGACAGACUCAUCGCUCACUACUCUUAGACCAGUCUUCUUCAUUCAGACCAGAAAAGUUAAAGAUUGAAAACCCCUUAGUAUAAAAGGAUCUUUCAUGUCCUUUUAAUCAAGUGACACAGAGAUGGAAACAUAUUGUCAUAAAAGUAUGCUGUCAUAAGUCGUCAGUAAAUACCUACAGUAUUUACUGUAGGCACAUAAAGAGGAUCAGCCGGGGCAAAGUUCAGCAACAGGCAGUUAAUUAACCUGGAAAUAUGCAGCAAGUAGCAAACACUCUGUAAUUAAUCUGACAGGGACUGGAUGCAACUGGGUCAAUGGUUCAACUUAAAUUCUUUAAUGUUAUUUGGAAACAAGUUUGUGGAUGGGAAUGAAUAGCAAGGUAAUGGGAACAGAUAGAAAGAGGUUCCUGUUCAGCAGACAGGGCUAGCAGAAACUGUGAGAAAUGUACUAGAAAUAAAAUAUUAUAGAUAAAAUAGCAUGUGAAUAAGUGAAGCAGGAUAACUGAAGAAAUGUCUGUGAGCCUUAGUUUAUUUUUCAUCAAUUUUUCAUCUCCUACAAUAUUGUUCUGGAAGAUGUUAAUUUUGAAAGGGCUGUAAAAGUGGCAUUGAUUACAAAGAAGUAAUAAUUAUAUAAAUGACAUAUUCAUAUUCCAGCAGUUGUCUUUGUGUGUGUGUGCGUGUGUGUGUGUGUAUUUGUAUUAUAUAAAUACAUACAUAAAUACAUAUCAUACAACUAUGUGAA